GGUUCCUCCCGCCGCCACCGGGGGUCGCUGUUACCAUGGAUACCCAGCAGCUGUCCGUCAGUCUGUCUGGCAAGGACGCAGGGAUGUUGUUGUGUGCGCGCACACACACACACACACACACAUGCAGGCGCGGAAAUAGAGAGAGAGAGAUAGCGAGAUCAACUCCUGCUUUCUCUCAUGUGCGCAGUGCUCCUCCGGCCCGGGCCGCUCCCUCUCCUCCUCCUCCUCCUCCAUCACCUCCACCCUCUCCUCCUCCUCCAUCACAGCUGUCGGAUGCUGCCAGCGUCCAUCCUCCACCUCUGAGGGCGGAGUGGCCGACCGCAGCCCGCUUCGCAUGCGCGGCGUUUUGGAUCCCCACGCCGGAACGGAGGAGAGCGGCGAGGCGGGAAGAGACUCUCCAUCCCCCGCCGGACUUCAUUCCACAGAGUGAUGCCAGUGCCUGAGGCGGUGUCCGACACAGCCAGCGCCGCCACCAUGCUGAGUCCCGUCUUCAACGCAUCCAACGGGGACGGCUCAGAGUCGGAGACCACCUCCGCCAUCCUGGCCUCCGUCAAGGAACAGGAGCUGCAGUUCGAGCGUCUGACCCGGGAGCUGGAGGCCGAGCGGCAGAUUGUUGCCAGUCAGCUGGAGAGAUGCAAGCUGGGCUCUGACACCGGCAGCAUGACCAGCAUCAGUUCGGCAGAGGAGAAAUUCCGCUGGAGCAACCAAGAUGGACAGAAGGACAUCGAGGACGAGCUGACAACAGGCCUGGAGUUGGUGGACUCCUGUAUCAGAUCACUGCAGGAGUCUGGCAUCCUGGACUCACAGGACACCACCACAGGAGAUCGACAAGGACUUCUUUCUCACAGCGCUCUGCAGCUCAACAACCAGGAUGCCUACGCGGCUGCCGGUUACCACAGCAACCAAGCGCUGGCGCUGGGAGAAGUCGUGGCGGGUCGCGGCGGCCAUAUGGGCGGGGCCGUCCACAGCUACAACCAGGUGACGUCCAGUCGGGCAGCCGCCCAGCUGGACUCGCCCUCGCAGAGAGACUCGUACGCCCAGCAAGCCCACGGGAGCGCCUUCCACAUGCCCAGUGAGGGUGGCGCUGCCCCUGUUGGACCAUCCAUGUACUACUCCUGUGCCACCCUGCCGGCUCAGCGUGUCAGCUCCCCUCUGCAGGCGCUGGGCUCGCCCACCAAGCUGCAGCGUCUAGGCUCCGCCUCCUCCGACAUGCCCAGCUACGCCACGCUGCAGCGCGUGUCCUCGCCCAAGCAGUCCCCCAGUCGCCUGGCCAAGUCCUACAGCACCUCGUCGCCCAUCAACAUGGUCGCCGGCGGCCCCGCCUCCCCGUUGUCGGCGGGAGGCAACCUCACCUCCUCCCCCAUCCACCAGCUGAGCUCGGUGGUGGGCAGCUACGCCACCCUGUCGCCCAGCAAGCGCAUGCUGCACCACAUCGGGGGGGAGACCUACAAGAUAUCCCACCAGCUCUACGCCAACGCCACACUCAAGCGGCCCGGGAGCCUGGCAGGCUCCAGGGGCUCGUACAGCAGCCAGCACAGUCACCUUGGCUCGGAGCUGCGACCUCUGCAGUCCCCUGAGCACCACAUCGACCCCAUCUACGAGGACCGGGUCUACACCAAGCCCAACCUGCGGGGUCAAGUGGUCAACCAGUUGUACCAAGAGGUCCUCAACUAUCUGCUCUGUCCCUACGCUCUAGCCCCGCCCUCCCCCGGUGUCGACCCCAUCCCCUUGCAGCGAACGGGAAGCCAGAGCGCCGCCUCCACCUUCCAGAGAGGCGGCUUCGCCACGGCCGGCGGGCCCGACUACAGCAACCCGUACCGCACCUUGCAGUUCUGCCCGUCCACGGAGUCGCCUUACAGCAAGUCGGGCCCGGCCCUCCCUCCCGAGGCGGCCCUGGGGAGGUCCCCGUCCGUGGACAGCAUCCAGAAGGACCCGAGGUACGACCCCGAAUUCCUUGUGUGGAAUCAAAAUCACGCCGAGCAAAGAAUGACAAAGGAGUUUGGUUGGCGAGACCCAGAGCUGCCGGAGGUGAUCCAGAUGUUGCAGCAUCAGUUCCCCUCGGUGCAGUCCAACGCCGCCGCCUACCUCCAGCACCUCUGCUUCGGAGACAACAAGAUCAAGUCCGAGAUUCGGCAACAGGGAGGCAUCCAGCUUCUGGUGGACCUGCUGGACCACCGCAUGACCGACGUGCACCGCAGUGCCUGUGGAGCUUUGCGGAACCUGGUUUACGGGAAGGCCAACGACGACAACAAGAUCGCGCUGAAGAACUGCGGGGGGAUACCGGCUUUGGUCCGACUACUCCGGAAGACCACGGAUGUGGAGAUCCGCGAACUCCUAACAGGUGUUCUAUGGAACCUCUCAUCGUGCGACGGCCUGAAGAUGCCAAUCAUCCAGGAUGCCCUGGCGGUUCUGACUAAUGCCGUGAUCAUCCCCCACUCGGGCUGGGACACUUCGCCCCACACGCAAGAGGACCGAAAAUUACAUCUGCACUCCUCCCAGGUCCUCCGCAAUUCCACCGGCUGCCUCCGCAAUGUGAGUUCUGCAGGGGAGGAGGCCCGCAGGAGAAUGCGAGAGUGUGAGGGUCUGACGGACGCUUUUCUCUACGUCAUCCAGACCGCCCUGGGAAGCAGUGAGAUUGACAGCAAGACGGUGGAGAACUGCGUGUGCAUCCUGAGGAACUUGUCCUACCGCCUGGCCGCAGAGACCUCCCACAACCAGCAGGGCGGGUCCGAGGAGCUGGACGGGCUGUUGUGCGACACGGGCGGGAAGGACGCGGAGAGUUCCGGGUGCUGGGGCAAGAAGAAGAAGAAGAAGAAGGGACAUGACCAGUGGGAUGGCGUGGGCCCCUUUCCAGACUUGGCAGAGUCCCCAAAAGGCAUCCAGAUGCUGUGGCAUCCCAGUAUUGUCAAGCCCUACCUCACCCUGCUGUCUGAGUGCUCCAACCCGGACACCCUGGAGGGAGCAGCUGGAGCUCUGCAGAACCUGGCUGCCGGCAGCUGGAAGUGGUCGGUCUACAUCCGGGCUGCAGUGCGCAAGGAGAAGGGCCUGCCAAUCCUGGUGGAGUUGCUGAGGAUAGACAACGACCGGGUGGUCUGUGCCAUUGCCACCGCCUUGAGAAACAUGGCUCUGGACAUCAGGAACAAGGAACUCAUCGGUAAGUACGCCAUGAGGGACCUGGUGCACCGUUUGCCCGGUGGCAGCGCAAACAACAGCGGCGGCGGAGGAAACGGCGGCGUGGCCAACAGCUGCGCUCUUGUGGGCAAGACGAUGUCCGACGACACGAUCACGGCCAUCUGCUGCGCUCUGCAUGAGGUCAUCACCAAAAACAUGGAGAACACCAAGGCCCUGAGGGACGCCGGGGGCAUCGAGAAGCUCAUUGGCGUCGCCCGCACCAAAGGAGACAAGAUCCCCAGGCAUAGUCCCAAAGUGGUGAAAGCGGCGUCCCAGGUUCUCAACAGCAUGUGGCAGUACCGAGACCUCCGCAGCCUCUACAAAAAGGAUGGCUACACCCAGUACCAUUUCAUCGGCUCUUCGUCCACCAUCGAGAGGGACCGACAGCGGCCGUAUUCUUCUUCUCGCACGCCCUCCAUCUCGCCGGUGCGCGCCUCGCCAAACAACCGAUCGGCAAGUGCACCGGCCUCACCCCGGGACAUGUUGGUGUUGAAGGAGAGGAAGGCGGACUACGAGCUGAGCGCCAACGCCACUUACCGCGGCAACAAGGGUGAACACACAUCCCGCAAGGACGCCAGCUUGGGCGGUGGAUCUUCGACCCUGCACAGAGGAGCGUACGUGUCACCCACCGACGACCUGAAGUAUAAUCAGGUCUCCUCCCAAGGAUUGCCUUCAGAGCCCUACCCGCCUUUCCAGAACCCUCCCCCGCCCGACAGCGGCAACUACGAGGACCAGGCCUUCUUCGAGAACCAGGUCCACGCGGGGGGCCGCCCCCCCCAGGCCGACCUCAACAUGCACUUGCAGGGCCUGAAAUCCACAGGCAACUACGUGGACUUCUACUCGGCCGCACGGCCCUACAGCGAGCUCAACUACGAGACCAGCCACUACCCGGCCUCCCCGGACUCCUGGGUUUAAGCCGCGGGAGGAAAAAGAAACCUAGUUGGAAGUAGGAAAAGGUACCUUUUUUUUGUUUUUUUUUCAUGACGUCUAGUUCCCACGUAGCAUCAUAGGUAGCAAGACACGGGGAGAGUCCCAGGACGGGACUGUGGACUCCUUGGAAGGAGCAGAGGGAGGGCGAGUCCAGCCAGGCCUUGCAUGUGCAUGCACUCCACCCGAGACCCGGGACCCGGGACACGGACCUUCUCUUCCCGGGUCUGCUCGGAGGUGAGGCGGAAAGAGAGAGAGGUGCGUGGAAAGUCUUUGCAAGGUGCGAAGAGAGAACGAAGGUGUGUACAUUCUGUCAACUUUUAGUAACGUCAAGCACAAGACGCCGUAGGACACGUAGAAAGGUCUCGUACACAAACCCGCUUUCUCUCCGUGCCGUGUCUUACGGGGGAAAAGCUCGCUUCUGGAUGUCGCCGUUUGUAACGCUAUCUUUUUUUUUUUUUUUGGUUGUUUUUUGUUUUUCUCCCACCCGGUUGUCGUCGCUUUUUUGUGUUUCUAUUUUUGGAAAAUUCUCGGUUGUAUAGUAUUUGAUGUACACUGUACAUUUACUGGCCAUGCAUUGUGUAAUUGUACAUUGAACUGUUGUCCGUGUGCAGCCUUCACACUCUGCACCACACACACACACACACACACACACUUUUGUAUUUCUGACCUUCUGGGCACCUGAGAAAAAAGCCUUCCUCUUUAGGACCGGCCUUUCUAGAUCUAUAAAGAAGUGUAUUUACAACAUGAAUAAUUCAAACCCCGUUUCCAUAUGAGUUGGGAAAUUGCGUUUGAUGUAAAUAUAAACGGAAUAAAAUGAUUUGCAAAUCCUUUUCAAGCCAUAUUCACUUGAAUAUGCUACAAAGACAACAUAUUUGAUGUUCAAACUCAUAAAUUUUAUUUAUUUUUUACCAAAUAAUCAUUAGAAUUUCAUGGCUGCAACACGUGCCAAAGUAGUUGGGAAAGGGCAUGUUCACCACUGUGUUACAUCACCUUUUCUUUUAACAACGUUUGGGAACUGAGGAAAGUAAUUGUUGAAGCUUUGAAAGUGGAAUUCUUUCCCAUUCUUGUUUUAUGUAGAGCUUCAGUCCUUCAACAGUCCGGGGUCUCCGCUGUCCUAUUUUACGCUUCACACAUUUUCCAUGGGAGACAGGUCUGGACUGCAGGCGGGCCAGGAAAGUACCCACACAAUUUUUUUUUUUACGAAGCCACACUGUGGCUUGCUGAAAUAAGCAGGGGCGUCCAUGAUAACGUUGCAUGGAUGACCACAUAUGUCGCUCCAAAACCUGUACGGACCAUUCAGCAUUAAUGGUGCCUUCACAGAUGUGUAAGUUACCCAUGCCUUGGGCACUAAUGCACCCCCAUACCAUCACACAUGCUGGCUUUUACACUUUGCGUCUAUAAUUUCCUCUUUGUUCCGGAGGACACCACGUCCUCUGUUUCCAAAUAUAAUUUGAAAUUUGGACUCGUCAGACCACGGAACACCUUUCCGCUUUGCAUCAGUCCAUGUUAGGUGAGCUCUGGCCCAGCGAAGCCGGCGGCGUUUCUGGGUGUUGUUGAUAAAUGGGUUUGGCUUUGUAUAGUAGAGCUUUGACUUGCACUUACAGAUGUAGCGACCAACUGUAGUUACUGACAGUGGUUUUAUGAAGUGUUCCUGAGCUCAUGUGGUGAUAUCCUUUACACACUGAUGUCGGUUUUUUGAUGCAGUAGCGCCUGAGGGAUCAAAGGUCCGUAAUAUAAUGGCUUACGUGCAGUGAUUUCUCCAGAUUCUCUGAACCUUUUGAUGAUUUUACGGACCGUAGAUGGUAAAAUCCCUAAAUUCCUUGCAAUAGCUCGUUGAGAAAUGUUCUAAAACUGUUCGACAAUUUUCUUACAAAGUGUUGACCCUCAACCCAUCCUUGUUUGUGAAUUACUUAGCAUUUUUUGGGAAGCUGUUUUUAUACCCAAUCAUGGCACCCACCUGUUCCCAAUUAGCCUGCACACCUGUGGGAUGUUCCCAAUAAUUCCUCAACUUUCUCAGUAUUUAUUGCCACCUUUCCCAACUUCUUUGUCAAGUGUUGCUGGCAUCAAAUUCUAAAGUCAAUGAUUAUUUGCAAAAAAAUAAAGUUUAUAUAAUAAAAUAUAUAUGUAUAAUAAAAGUCGUCAUUUUACUCAACUCGUGUCAAAAUUUUACAAGAAAAACUGAACAUUUGUGCGAUAUUAUGAUAAAAGUUGGACUUUUACUUAAUAAUAGUUGCAAUUUUACAAGAAAAGCUUUAAAAUGUGUCAACUUUAUGAAAAGAAUCGUAAUUUUACUCGACAAAAGUCACUAUUUUAUAAGAAAACUUAAAAAUUUUGCCAAAAUUAUAAUAAUAAUCGGAAUUUUACUCAACAAAUGUAAUUAUUUUACAAGAACAACAAAAAAUUGGCAAUAUUGUGAGAAUUUUAUAUGACAAAUGUCACCAUCUUGCAUUAAAUAGUAAUCAUUUUACUUAAAAGAAGUUAAAAAAAAAAGCUUGUUGUGAAAAAUGAGUUGGAAUUUGACAAUAAAAACUUAAAAUGUUGGCACUAUUAUAAUAAAAGUCGUCAUUUUACUCAACUCCUGUCAAAAUUUUACAAGAAAAACUGAACAUUUGUGCGAUGUUAUGAUAAAAGUUGGACUUUUACUUAACAGUUGCAAUUUUACAAGAAAAGCUUUAAAAUGUGUCAACUUUAUGAAAAGAAACGGAAUUUUACUCGACAAAAGUCACUAUUUUAUAAGAAAACUUAAAAAUGUUGCCAAAAUUAUAAUAAUAAUCGCAAUUUCACUUGGCAAAAUUAUGACAAAAGUCAUAAUUUUAUUCAACAAAUGUAAUUAUUUUACAAGAACAACAAAAAAUUGGCAAUAUUGUGAGAAUUUUAUAUGACAAAUGUCACCAUCUUGCAUUAAAUAGUAAUCAUUACACUUAAAAGAAGUUUAAAAAAAAAGCUUGUUGUGAAAAAUGAGUUGGAAUUUCACAAGAAAAACUUACAAAUGUUGGCACUAUUAUAAUAAAAGUCAUCAUUUUACUCAACUCCUGUCAAAAUUUUACGAGAAAAACUGAACAUUUGUGCGAUAUUAUGAUAAAAGUUGGACUUUUACUUAAUAACAGUUGCAAUUUUACAAGAAAAGCUUUAAAAUGUGUCAACUUUAUGAAAAGAAUCGUAAUUUUACUCGACAAAAGUCACUAUUUUAUAAGAAAACUUGAAAAUUUGGCCAAAAUUAUAAUAAUAAUCGGAAUUUCACUUGGCAAAAUUAUGACAAAAGUCAUCAUUUUAUUUAAAAAAUGACACUAUUUUACAAGAACAACUAAAAAAUUGGCGAUAAUGUGAGGAUUUUAUGAAAAAUGUCAACAUCUUGCAUGAAAAAGUAAUAAUUUUACAUAAAAAAGUUAAAAAAAAAUCUUGUUGUGAAAAGUUUGUGAUGAAAAAAGUCAUACUUUUACUCCAAAAAUUUCACUAUUUUACAAGAACAAAAAAAUUGGCAAUAUUGUGAUAAAAGUCUGAAUUUUAUCAGAUAAAUGUCACCAUUUUGCAUUAAAAGCAAUAAUUUUACAUUAAAAAGGUAUAAUUUGACGAGAAAAUAUUGCAAUAUUACAUAAGCAGAAAUAAUAUGAGAAAUUGUUCCCAAUUUUAUAAGAAAAAAGUCGACACAUUGUGAGAAAAAGACUGCUUUUAGUUAUUUAUUUAUAUUGAAAACAUUUUUUAACAGUUUUUUAAUUUUCAUUAUUUACUUCGUUAUUACAGUAUGUCUCUAUAUACAUAUUUAUUUUGAUUUUUGUAAUAAUUUUAGCCAAAGGGGUCACAUUCCAAUUCCUUACACUUGUUAUUUCAUAUGUUGACCAGAGGGGGAGCACUUCACAUUUUUCCACACACUUAUUAUUUCAUAUGUUAACCAGAGGGGGAGCACUUCACAUUUUUACACACACUUGUUAUUUCAUAUGUUGACCAGAGGGGGAGCACUUCACAUUUUUCCACACACUUGUUAUUUCAUAUGUUGACCUGAGGGGGAGCACUUUUAAAAGCGACAGUCAAUUUAAAAAAAAUCCCUCAUUUUAAUAGAUGUCACCACCAGGGGUGCAAAUGAGACAUUCUCAAUUUUUGUUCACCCUAUGCUCACAUUUGUCUUACGUCCGCACAGGAAGUGGUCAAUUCAGCCGUUCACCUGGCGGGGAUGAAUAGGGAAGUCCUUCUCUAGCUGCCGUCUUGUUUUAUCAUACAUUGCUGCCUUUGCACCUGUCAAAAUGUAUUUUUGUACGCACGUUACAUCAACCGGAAAAUCCCGACUUUGGAGCAAUGUUCACAGAUUUUAGUAUUUGGCUCUCUAUUAGAUGCAAUGGUUGUCCGUAUUGAGCCAAACUUGUCCGCCGGUCCUCAAAUGGAAGAUACUUUUUCUUGUUGGUGUUUCUAGAAGGGUAGAAAUACAAGAACACA